AGUUACAGGAGCCUUCUCUCACACAUUUGCUCCUCUCACAUUCUCUCUAGCUCGGAUAGCGCACACACUGUCACGCACCAAACUCUUGGUUCAUCCUGUCACUUGUAUAUUGUGUUUUUACAUGCUGUUUUAACACACUGAUCACAACAAGCCGAGAUUUUCGAAAAGAUUGUCCAGUUGAACCAACCUGUGCUUCCAGCUUCAUCCGACUUUCAGGGUUGCUUGGCGGGUAGGAAGGUACCACGCUGACCCGCCAUGUUUCUGGUCCUGGUGGUCACAGAACAGUUGAGGGAGUUCCUGGCCAAGGCAAGAAGUGGAACUGUCCGCCUCAUCCAGGUGUUGAUCAGAGACGAGCAGCUGGUGCUGGGGGCGUACAGAGAGCCGCAUCAGACCUGGGAUAAAGACUAUGACCACGUCCUGCUCCCCCUGCUGGAUCCCCACGAACCCUGUUACAUAUUAUACCGACUGGACUCGAAGAACGCUCAAGGAUAUGAGUGGCUCUUCAUCUCCUGGUCACCUGACCAGUCACCAGUCCGACAAAAGAUGCUGUAUGCGGCCACCCGAGCCACAGUGAAAAAAGAGUUUGGUGGUGGCCAUGUAAAAGAUGAGAUGUUUGGCACAGCCGAGGAAGAUGUUUGUCUUCAGGGGUACAUGCAUCACAUGACAUCCUGUUCUGCACCAGCCCCCCUGACAGCUGCUGAACAGGAGUUACAGCGAAUAAAAAUCUCAGAGGGUAGAGUUAAACAGGUGAAAACUGAGAUCAGCGUGGACCCUAAACAUCAAACUCUACAGGGUCUUGCCUUCCCUUUAAAGGCUGAAGCGAAACGCGCCCUACAGCAGCUCGCUGAGAGACGGAUCAACUACAUCCAACUGAAGUUGGACACAGAGAAGGAAACCAUUGACCUGGUUCACACCAGCCCGACAGACAUCCGCGAUCUACCGUGCCGGAUCCCACUGGAUACACCCAGAUAUCACUUUUUCCUUUACAAACAUUCACAUGAGGGAGAAUACCUGGAGUCUGUGGUGUUUAUAUACUCCAUGCCUGGAUACAGCUGCAGUAUCAAGGAAAGGAUGCUGUAUUCUAGCUGCAAAAGUCGACUGCUGGAGGAUGUUGAAAGGGAUUUCCACCUACAAGUGGCCAAAAAGCUGGAGAUAGAUAGCGGAGAGGAACUGACAGAACAGUAUCUGUACGAUGAGGUCCAUCCUAAACAGCACGCUCACAUGCAAGCCUUCGCCAAACCCCGCGGGCCUGCUGGGAAGAGGGGAAACAAACGUCUCAUCAAGGGAGGGGGAGGCAACUAGAGAAAUGAACUUCAGUUGUAGCCGAAAUGUUCCCCAGUUGCCUUUUCUAACCUGCUCAAGCUGGAGAGAGUCGAUAAUUGGAAUAUUGUGUUUUUACUUUCUUUGGCUUGUAUUUACUCUUGUAUCUCAUUAGAUAUUUUUCAUUUUGUGUGCUUACAUGUAUAUCUUUGAGAAAGAGGAACACUCAGGUACUCAAAUUCUUCAAAUUCUUCUAUAUAAUUUUGAUAUAGAAUUCAUAAUUUUAAAAGUGUUAUUGUGAAAGAUGGCAAGGAGCUUAAAAUGUGGUAAACAUGUUUGAGGUUUGUAUUAAUAGUUUGGUAAAGAAAAAGGAAGACAUGUUUUGACAAACAUUUAAACAUUGAAGCUGUUAUGAGUCGACGAACACAUCUAUACACACAUAUGCAUAUACAGUACACAUAGCCAAAUCUGACACAUAAACAAAACUGGACAUGCAUUUUAUAGUAACAAUUUUCUUACUCCUUUUUGACAUAAUAACCUAUCAAUUGACAUAUUUACAAAAUUAUUCUAAAUUUCAUCACCUUCAAGUAGAAAGAUAAUUGAUUAUAAAACUUGUCAAUAUAUCAAAUAUCAACACCUUUUUAAAAUCGGGCAUGUCAUGAAUAUUUGACAGAACAACUGAUCUGUGAUCCCCCCCAAAAUGUUCCUUUUCUAUUUUACAUCUAAAAGGCUUCCUCAAGGUUAAUAAUCAGACUAUGUUGCAAUUUCAUACACCACAAACAGUUCUGCAAUGCUUAUGAACAUAAUUUUAAAUAAAUAAAAAUUAUUUAACAUUUAAA